AUGGGUCCGACACCUCGAGGCAGUCACGGAGAAAUACCAGGCCUGUUCAGCAUCCUGCCGUUCAGCGACAACGAAACCCACAGCAACUCACCAAGCAGUAUCAACCAUACCGUCAUGCCUCGGCCCAACGAGAAUGCGAGCGCUCUCAAGGAUCAGAUGGAACGGAUCAUGAAAGAUACUGAGUCGAGGAAAGAGUCGUACGCCGAAAGCCAGAAGACGGUCUCAGAUCUACCACCUAUGCCAAUGAGAUCGCGAACCAACCAGGAGUUCACAGCAUGGGCCGAAUACAUGGGCGGGGAGAAGGACGUGGAAUUCAUCGAGUGGAAGAAGACCAUGGUAGGAGAGAACCAGAAGCCAUCCGCAGACGCAGAUGCACGUCCUGAGACUAGCAAGGCUACCACCAAGUGUGAAAAUCGGCCGGAGAACAAAAAGAAAUGA